AGGAUUCAGCACAUGGCAUCACCUAGCAACCCAUCCACUGUUCUAGUCUCUGAAUUCAUCCUCAUCUGCUUCCCUAACUUCCAGAGUUGGAAGCACUGGCUGUCCCUGCCCCUCAGCUUCCUCUUCCUCCUAGCCAUGGGAGCCAAUGCAACACUCCUGAUCACCAUCUGGCUGGAGAUCUCCCUGCACGAGCCCAUGUACUACCUGCUUAGCCUCCUCUCCCUGCUAGACAUUGUGCUCUGCCUCACCGUCAUCCCCAAGGUCCUGGCCAUCUUCUGGUUUGACCUCAGUUCUAUCAGCUUCCCUGCCUGUUUUCUCCAGAUGUUCAUCAUGAACAGCUUCUUGACCAUGGAAUCCUGCACAUUCAUGGUCAUGGCCUAUGACCGCUACAUAGCUAUCAGCUGUCCGCUGCGGUACCCAUCCAUUAUCACUGAUCAAUUUGUGGCUAGGGCUGCCAUGUUUGUUGUGGCCCGGAAUGGUCUUCUUACUAUGCCUAUCCCCAUACUUUCUUCCCAACUCAGAUACUGUGCAAGAAACAUUAUCAAGAACUGCAUCUGUACUAACAUGUCUGUGUCCAAACUGUCUUGUGAUGACACUGCCUUCAAUCAGCUUUACCAAUUUGUGAUAGGUUGGACCCUGCUGGGCUCUGACCUCAUCCUUAUUGUUCUCUCUUACUCUUUUAUCUUGAAAGCUGUGCUUAGAAUCAAGGCUGAGGGAGCUGCGGCUAAAGCUCUAGGCACCUGUGGUUCCCACUUCAUCCUCAUCCUCUUCUUCAGCACAGUCCUGCUGGUUCUGGUCAUCACUAACCUUGCUAGAAAGAGAAUUCCUCCAGAUGUCCCCAUCCUGCUCAACAUCCUGCACCACCUCAUACCCCCAGCUCUGAACCCCAUCGUUUACGGCGUGAGAACCAAGGAGAUCAAGCAGGGAAUCCAGAAAUUGCCGAGAAGGUUGUUAGAAAUGAAAUGA